CUAAAAAUAUGAGAGAAACUCUUGUAAAUCGUUGUGCGAUUCUUAACAGUUUUAUUUGUGUCUUGAAAAUUAUUAUUUUGUCAAUUUUAUUUUGUAAAUAAUUUUAUCAAUAAUCAAUAUGAAAACGGUAGUGGUUUUGUUGAUUGUUGCUGUGAUGACAGUCCAUUCAGCACCCCAAGGAAAUCCAAAUGAAAUAACAAUAAUAAAACAAGAAGAAAAUAAUAGUAUUGGUGUUGGCGGUUAUCAUUUUAGUUAUGAACAAAGUGAUGGACAAAAACGUGAAGAAACUGCUGAAUUAAAAAAUGAAGGUACCGAAAAUGAGGCAAUAAGCGUUGUUGGAAGUUUCAGUUAUCUUGGACCUGAUGGAAAAACAUACAGGGUGGAUUAUACAGCUGAUGAAAAUGGAUUCCAUCCAACAAUUACACUCGCCUAAAAAUUCUUGAAUCAUCAGGAUGAAUAUUUUUUUCUUUCGUUAAAUCGACAAAAAAACAAAUUUAUCUAACUAAUAUUAUAUUACUAUUAUAUAUAUUUUUCUUUUGUUCUUUCAUUAAGAAAUAAAUAAAAAAAAUGAAUUCAAUUAAUAAUAAAAAAAAAUCAAUUAAUAAUAUACUGCAUU